CAGAAUAUUCAUUCUUCAUAGAGAUCUGUGGUCUUCAGUGUAGAAGGUGAAUAUCAGAGGAAUGGCGGACAUCAAAGUCAAUGGCACAUUCUAUCCCACCUCAUUCAUCCUGGUUGGGAUUCCCGGACUAGAAGGAGUUUAUCAGUGGGUAGGUCUCGUUGUUUGCUUAUGUUAUGUCCUGGCCUUGUUGGGAAAUAUGAUGCUCCUGGCCGUCAUCUCAGCCUCUUCUGGCCUCCACAAGCCUAUGUUUAUUUUUCUUUCUCUGUUGGCCUCCAACGACGCUCUUUUGUCUACAAGCAUUGCCCCAAAAAUGCUUUCCGUCUUCUGGUUCCAGAAGAGACACAUUGGUUUUGAGUCAUGUCUCCUCCAGAUGUUCUUCCUCCAUUCCUUCACCAGCUUAGAGUCGGGACUUUUGCUUGGCAUGUCCUUUGACCGUUAUAUCGCCAUCUGCCAACCGCUAAGAUACGGGUCCAUAAUGACCAACUCCAUCAUCGUCAGACUGGUCAUCGUCUUACUGCUCAGAGCGGUCAUUUUGUUUUCUCCCUGCAUAAUUUUGAUCCAGAGAUUUCCAGCAUUUAGAACCAACGUUGUGCCCCAUUCAUACUGUGAGCACAUGGCGAUCGUGAAACUUGCUGCUGCCGACAUCAGAAUAAACAGCGCUCUGGGCUUGGCUGUGGCGUUCAUGGUCCUAGGUGUAGACCUGCUGUUCAUCCUGGUAUCCUACUGCGCCAUCUUCCAUGCCGUCUUCAGACUUCCAUCCAAAGAGGCCCGACUGAAGACCUUUAACACCUGCAUACCUCAUAUGUGUGUCUUUCUAAGUUUUCAUGGUCUGGCCUUCUUCACUUUCCUGUCCCACCGGUAUGGAGGUAAAAGGAUUCCACCUUACGUUCAUAUAAUUCUAGCCGAUACGUACCUUCUAGUCCCACCCAUGCUAAAUCCAAUUAUUUAUGGCGUGAAGACCAAACUGAUCCGGGAGAAAGUCUGGAAAGCUUUUUCUACAUAUAAAAACCUUCAUGUAAAGUGACUGUAGUAAUAUGACUGAAACAACAGUGACUCCAUCUUGGUGGCUAUAAGAUUUUUCAGCUUAAAGCCCUGUACACACGGCCCAAGAUUCUCUUGCCCGGCCGAGUGUACAAAUGUAC